CUCCUCCGGGAAGCCAGGGCAGCCGCCGAGGUAGAAAAUCCGUGUCUGAGAGCCUGAAGCUUUUCGAGCUGAAUCUCGCCCUUCCCCGGUAACCCUCCACCCAAGGAAGGUCCAGAAAGAACCCCAGGGGGGCCUCCCUGCUACCGCAAAAGCAGAGCCCCCCUUCCACUACCAGCGCAAAGUCAGAACUGCCCAGGGAGGAUUCUGUCCACGUCUCCCUCGAGCUGGUCUGCAGGCCCCUGCGGCUGGGACCCUGUCCCAGGAGCUGCCCUUCUGCAAACAGAGAGCCCACAGUGCCUCGGGAAAAAUUGGCCGCAUACAAGGGCAAUCAGGACGCCACGGCUCCACCUGAAGCGAUGGCCCAGCCCUACCCCCCAGCCCAGUACCCACCUCCGCCACAGAACGGCAUCCCUGCCGAGUACGCCCCGCCCCCACCGCACCCCACGCCGGACUACUCGGGCCAGACCCCAGUCCCCCCGGAGCACGGCAUGACCCUGUACACACCAGCACAGACCCACCCGGAGCAACCGAGCAGUGAGACCAGCACACAGCCCAUUGCAGGGGCCCAGACAGUGCCGCAGACAGACGAGGCGGCACAGACGGACAGCCAGCCGCUCCACCCCUCCGACCCCACAGAGAAGCAGCAGCCCAAGCGGCUACACGUCUCCAACAUCCCCUUCCGGUUCAGGGACCCCGACCUGCGGCAAAUGUUCGGGCAAUUCGGAAAAAUUUUAGACGUGGAGAUCAUUUUUAACGAGCGGGGCUCCAAGGGUUUUGGGUUUGUAACUUUUGAAACUAGCUCAGAUGCUGACCGAGCCCGGGAGAAGCUGAAUGGGACGAUCGUAGAGGGACGGAAAAUUGAGGUCAAUAAUGCCACAGCACGAGUCAUGACCAACAAGAAGACUGCGAACCCCUACACCAAUGGCUGGAAGCUAAACCCGGUGGUAGGCGCAGUCUACGGGCCUGAAUUCUAUGCAGUGACGGGGUUCCCCUACCCCACCACCGGCACAGCCGUCGCCUACAGGGGCGCGCACCUACGGGGCCGGGGCCGGGCCGUGUAUAAUACGUUUCGGGCUGCGCCGCCUCCGCCCCCCAUCCCGACUUACGGAGCGGUCGUGUAUCAGGAUGGCUUUUAUGGUGCUGAGAUUUAUGGAGGCUAUGCUGCCUACAGAUACGCUCAGCCAGCAGCAGCAGCGGCGGCUGCCUACAGUGACAGUUACGGCAGAGUCUAUGCGGCUGCUGACCCCUACCACCACACCAUCGGCCCCGCGGCGACCUACAGCAUUGGAACCAUGGCUAGCCUCUGCCGAGGAGGGUACAGCCGCUUCACCCCCUACUAGCAAGAGGCCCAGCCCCUAACAGCAUUCACACUGACUGCCUAGUACACACCAAACCCAGCAGUCCAAAACCAGGCACAGCCACCAGGAGGACAGUGCGCCCCCCCGGUCAGCGACACGCGCCGCUGACCUCCGCGACUCUAAGUCCAUAGGUUUUACCUCCGGCCAGCUGGUCUCCCCCCACGAUGGCGUGUGUGUCUUUGACCCUAGUCACCCCCGUAUGUCUGAAACCUUGGUUCCUAUUUUGACUUUGUUGACAUUGUGCCCCCCCCAAGCCAUUUCAGGUACGGUAUGCACAGAGUGGGAGGGGCUAGGCGGGGCCGGAGACCCCUCCCCGAGAAAUAGCAAUAUUGCCCAUCCCCUGGGCUACAGAAGACCCGGCCCUGCCUUCCCAGGAAGCCACCCCAGCCAGUCUGGGCCACAGCCCCAGUCCCUCCCCUGGGGUUCGGAGAGCGAGGGGCUCCCUCCUGCCCCAGCUGGUGGGCUCCCAGCCUCGACAGUCCUCUCCCAACCGUCACCCGCCAAGUCACAGGAGCAGCUGAGUCUGCCCAGCUCGUCCCCACCCAGUUAAAGUAACGUUUCUGAUUGAAUUUUAUUGACGUUUCCGGCUGAAGUUGUCACAAGUCGUGGGGAAGCCACACCAGCCCCAGAGGGGCCUCAGCCUGUGUUGUAGGAAAUCAAAGUGCAGGAAGAAAUUUCCCUGCCCCAGAGCCCGAAAGCGGUCCAGCCCUGGAGCGCCUCAGCCCAUCUGCCCCACCGCCAUCAGGCCUCUCCCCUCUGGCCACAGUCCUGAGAUGGGGUCCCUGCCAGCCCGGCACCUCGGUUUGCCCUUGAGAACAGCUCUGCCUCCCCUUCCCUGAGCUCGAAACGCCCUCUUAUCAGGGUCCAUUUGCAAAGAGGGAGCCUGAGCGAGAGAACAGGAGAGGCAAUGCCUGUCCUCGGGCCUUCCUGGCAGGACAGUGCUCAGUGUCCACCUCCCGUCCUGCGAGGCUCGGGCUUAGCUCUGCCGCAGGGCUCUGGGGCCUGCAGGGAAAGCUGAGACAGCAAAGGAGCUUCUGGAAGAGUCCACCCAGACAGGCCAGGGCCCUGCCACGUGCACCCACCACCUCCGUUACAGGAAAAGGUGGCACAGGCUGAGGAGGCCCUUGUCUCCUUCGCGCCAGAGUGAGGCUUCCAGGGACAGAUGGCCACCUAGAGGGUGUGGGUCCCCACCAGCCCCCACACAAUCGUCCACCCGCUCUGCCGGCCCGUGGGCUCCUUACUGGUGGAGUGGACAGGUUACGCCCAGGGUCUGGCUGGCUCUUGUCCACUGCCCAGGGCACCUGCUAAGCUGCCUCAUUCCAAGCCCCCAAUACCGUCCACACCCUACGCCCCAACCUCUGUCCUCGUCCCACCCAAAGCAGCCAGGCCCUGCCCACCGAGCUCUUGGAUCCCGCAGCUGCAUCCGGCAGCCGGGCUCACUGUGGUUUCUGUACUCCUCCCGCCACUUCUGCCUCAACAGGCCAUGCUCUGUCUGCCCUGGAGGCCUGAGACCCGCAGUGAAUUCACUUAUGCAAGAUGAGGGGGCUGCUGAGAUCUGGGAGUGGGGCCAGUUUUGGGGGGGUACCUGCCCAGCACCCUGGGGGUCCCGGGUCCCACUGCCCCCAUGGCACACUUGGCCAUUGCUUCUGUCAAACUGCAAGUCCUGCCUUUCUGUUUCUGUUGUAGUGAAAGCUUCCGCCGUUUCCUUCUCGGACCGUGAAGGGCAAAAACAAAAAAACACAAAAAAAUCACAAAACAAAAAAACAAAACAAAAAAAGAUGUUCAGAUCCAAGCAACAAAACCACCAACCAAACCGAGAAGCAUCUACCACGUCCGAGUCCGCGAGCCCGUGAGCUGUCGCACCGCAGCCCGCAGCCAGCGAGGGAGCAGGUCCACGGCCCUCGGCCUCCCGCGGCGCUGGCAGGAGGGGGCGGGAGCGGAGGGCCUCCGUUUUCUACCGUGUCUUCCUUCCGGCCCCUCUCCGCGGCAGUGUGGGGCCCAGUGGGCUGUGUGGAGGUGGUGGCGAGCGGCCACAGGCCUGAGCGGAAGAGUGGCCAGUGGACUUGACCUUGGUUGCCAGUGGAGGGACUGCUGGGCUGGGCUGGCAGGCGCGGGGAGGGGGACAGCUUUUCAUCCCGGGGCUUCAGCCAUGCCUGUGACCCCGUGUCUCGUGCUCCGGGCCCCAGCUACCCCUCCUGCCGCACAGCCAGCACAGCCAGCACCGUGUCCUGCAUACCCGAGGAGGAGUCUGCAGCCUCUGGAUGCCAUCUGGCCAGCAGCUCAGGGGGCUGACCCCAACGCCAAGGGCUGAUGUGUUUCCAGAACUGUGGGGCACCCAGGCCCCCUCGUUCCAUGCUAGGGGACUUCCAGCGGCCCAGCCAGGCUCAGCUCCUCGCACCUAAGAGCCUAAGAGCGUGGGCAGGUCGGGGUCUUGGGGCCCACGACUUGCUCUGACUGGUUUCCUGUUCCCUUUCUGGUAGAGGCCCUGGGCCUGGUCCAGGGGAGGGAAGGCUGGCCUCACGCUGCAGAGCCUGGUCCUGCGGGGGAGAAGAGGGACAGGACCAGCUGGCGCCUGGCUGCAUGGCGAGGCUGGGGUCACGGUGCUAUGGGUCGGGACGGCUAUGGGUCAGAGUAGGGAGAGCGAGGGGUGGGGGCAGGCCUGGGUGGUCCGCAGACCCCCUCCCCUGGCCUCCCGGGUUAGGUCCUGAGGUGGUGGGGGCAGCAGACCGUAGGCAGCGGGGAAGAGCCCCUGGCCAGGCAGGGAGAGCUGGAGGGGGGAAGCAGCCAAAAUAAAUUAAUUAAUUAAUAACAAAAGAUGUAGGCUCCCAACAUGGCUCCACUGUCUCAUGAAACUUAAAAAAAAAUACACCUCACUUUAUAUUCAGCAUCAGCUCCUGAAGCUACUGGGAUGAGUCUCCUUUUCUAUUCCGGGUGUACAUAGCCCCGCCCUGCCUCCGGCUUCGUCCUCUGUACAGCCCCCUUCCCCCCUGGCCCGCCCUCGGCCGCUCCGGACCCUUUUCUUGCAGCAGCUCCGCCCCUGCCCCGCGCCCUCCCGCCCCUCCCACCCCAGGACUGCAGCCAGGCCCCAGGCUUCCUUUCUUACCAUUCUGUAUGCUUCCAAGGUGUGACCAUCCAAAUCAACAGUAUUAUUAUUAUUAAGAUUAUUAAUAAAGAUUUCUUUCUUCAAACCA